CCUUAGCCGGACGACUCGACGCAUCGGCUGACAAAUAUUCGACUUGGUAAAAUGAGUGAUUUUUCGUGAAAUCUAAGUUAGUUGUGUGUAAUAAAGUGAGUGAUUACAAUGUCUGUUUGUGUAUUUAUUCUUAUUUUUAGUGCCAUAUCUCCAGCAUUGAGUUCAGUGGUCAGGCAAAUUGCUUCAAAUCAGUCAUGCAGUGAGAACCAGUUCAAAUGUCUCGAUGGUCUCUGCAUCAGGGCUGAUCAAGUCUGUGACGCAUCACUGGACUGCUCUGACGGAUCCGACGAGGACCUCUGCACCUCUAUUUCUGCGAACGUGACGACAGGAGACGGUCUUGGAAGAUAUAGAAGACAGUCAGCUUGUCGGAAACUAGAGUGGCAGUGCAAAGACGGUGGUUGCAUCUCCAGCGAUGAGAAAUGCGACGGAACUAAGAACUGUCUCGACGGCAGUGAUGAAACUCAUGCCCUGUGCAGGAAAAUGCUAUGUCUUCCUCACCUAUUCCGCUGCACGUACGGCGCAUGCGUGGACGGUACGGCACCCUGCGACAAGAAGAUUGACUGCGCUGACAGUUCUGAUGAACUGAUACCAAGGUGCAGGGGAGCAUUCGACCUUAACAGGAAGGAGUUUGUAUGUGUGGAUGGGAGCCGUACGAUCCCCCCUGGGGACUUAUGCGACGGUAUCACAAACUGCCAGGACGGCUCUGAUGAGAAUGUUAGCGCUUGCGGUGAACAGAGGUGUCCCGGGAACCUAUUCCAGUGUGCUUACGGAGCUUGUGUGGAUGGCAACUCUGACUGCAACGGGAUUCCGGAUUGCGCAGAUGGCUCGGACGAGGCCGAUGACCUCUGCAACAGAGCUACGCCGAGGCCGCUCUCGAUUCCUCCAGUACUGCCUUCAGUACCACCAAGAAUCAAUACGGGAGACUACAAGUCCGGCAAGUGCGAGCUGCCCCAGUAUCCAUCUCAUGGCAGGUACCAAGUGAUCAACGCUAUGGAUGCAGGGCCGGGAGACAGACUACAAUACGUCCGACUCGUCAUCGAGUGCGAAGAAGGAUACGGAGGGAUCCAGAAACCAGAAGUCUUCUGCCAUGAUGGUAGCUGGUCCGUCAAACGUUUGCCGGACUGCCGCCGGCUAUGCAUCCUGAAGAAGCACCCGUCAGUGAAUUACAGCUGUCAGGUGACCAGCAACGGCAUUCAAGGAAAACGGGAGUGCAACGAGUCGGAGCCGACGGGCACCAAGGUGGAGUCCAUAUGCAAUGAACCCAUUUACCACUCGGCCUACCCUCUACCUAUGAUGGAAUGUGACGAAAAUGGAAACUGGAAGCCCCAGCUCAUCACUUGCCCAACAAAUUGUGGUCGGAGGACUCCAGCCGUUGACGUUCUGGUGGCCGGUGGCCAGCCAGCCUUGCGGGGACAGUUGCCCUGGCACGUGGCCAUAUACCGCAAGCCGACCAAAUCGCAAAACUUCUACCGACAGAUUUGUGGAGGGUCUCUCGUCAGCAAUAGCAUUGUGCUCACCGCCGCUCACUGCUUCUGGAAUGACACUGAUCGUUCGGUACAGCCUUCUCUCUUCGCCGUCGCCGCUGCCAAGCUGUACCGAGACUGGGAUGACCCAAACGACAAGAACGCACAGAAAUCUCAUGUUAAAGACAUUCAGGCCGCGGAACUGUUCCGGGGUGGAGCCGCGAACUAUCAGGAGGAUAUAGCAGUAGUCUUUCUAGAAACACCAGUGAACUACGGUGCGGAAGUGAGCCCCGUCUGCCUGAGCUUCGACAUCAACUUCUAUCGAUCUCAGAUGAUGCCAGGUGUUUUGGGAAAAGUCGCCGGCUGGGGCCUGACUGGCGAGAUUGCGGGCCCAUCGCAAAUAUUGAAAGUGGUAGAUCUCCCGUUUGUUCCGCCGAAAGAAUGCCUUCGAGUCACACCGGCCACCUUCACGGAGAGCAUAACCGGAGACAAGAUAUGUGCUGGCUAUUUGAACGGGAAGACGGCAGUAUGUACAGGUGACAGCGGAGGAGGACUGGUCUUCCCCGAAAUCGAGCACGGGUCUGAGCGUUUCUACCUGAGAGGGAUCGUGUCCACCGCUCCCCCGCCGGAGGGUCAGAAGAAGAAGUGCAACAUAAACACAGUCACCACUUUUACGAACAUAUUGAGACAUCGAAUUUUCAUUAACCAAUAUUUAUAAGAGUUUUUAAUCAAGGCAUUUCCCGCGAUUUCAUUCCGCCAAUCCGAGCAAUCUUACAUAUAAAACACCAACUUUUUUUUUGGUAUGGCAUCUCCCUAUCAAGAUAGGAGGCCGUGUACUGCUUAACCGGACUUUUCCCGGUGGAUGCCUAGAAUUUAAGGCCUCCAGCCAGGGGCGUAAUAAAAUACCUUCUCUUGCCAAAAGGUAUUUUAUAUGUAAAAUUGCUCGCUCACUUCAAACUUUUAGUCGGCCGAUAGUUUGUUCGGGCGCAUAAAUCACGCAAAUUACAACGUUUAGGCUAAAGAACUUCGAUCGGAUUCAGGCUUUUCUUAAAAAACACUUGACGAACUGUCGGCCCACUGUUUACCUGCAAUGUGCAUGUGUUCUGGCAACUCUGGCAACUGCAAAUAGUAUUAGGGAGUAGACCAGGGGCCCGAUUCUCCUAAUUUUACUUAAGCCACAUUUCUUUUAAAGAUUCAUUCAUCCGACUGAGAUCCGAUCACGACUCAAUUACCUACGAUUGAAGCGUAUGUGGCAUUCCGCUAUUUACCUAUUAAAUAAACGGCGAUUCAAUAAUGAAUCAUAUUGUCUGCAAAUUAUUUACA